AUGGUUCAAGUAUCACAAAUCAACGCUUAUUAUUCAUUGAAAAAUAAAGCGGAUAAUUUUAAUAUACUUUGUAUUGUGGAAUCUAUCAUUGGUGGUCUUAUGCUUGAACAACCUAAUAAUCCUAUUGAAUAUAUUAAAAAUCGUUUAAUUGAUACAAAACAUAUACAAGAACAUGUUAAACUACAUAAAGAAUUAUAUAUUUGGCCACAUCAUCCAAUAUUAGAUUCAUCUAAAUCACUUACAACUAAUGAACAUCAUAAAUUUCUUCAAAAUUGUUUCUAUCAUCGUAUAAAACGUUUACAAGAAGAUAAAUUGUCUCUUGAAAAUGAGUCUAAACCUAUUGAAACUACAAAUCCAUUAUUUUCAUUAACAGAACUUGAUUUAAAUCCAUAG